AUGGUUGACAUCACGCCCAGAGUCAUCCCACGGUUGUCACGUACUCCUACAUCGGCUGCUACCUGUCGUACCUGCGGAAACUGCCGUCGCCGCAAGGUAAAAUGCAAUGGGCAACAGCCAAAAUGCGGAACAUGCCAGUCGCGGGGCAUCAUCGACUGUGUUUAUCCCCAAGAUGCGCGGAGAACCGUCGUUCGUGCCAAACGGGAAGACGUGAGAACCUUGCAGAGUAAGAUUGAGUCGUUGCAGGGGCGAUUGGAAGCGCUUACCGAGUCACCUUGCGUGGGUGGGAAUCGGGCACCAUCACAGCCUACAAGGACAGUACCAGUAACACCGUCGCCGUCUGAAAUCAGGGGAAGGAAUAUUGACAAGGCAGACUUCCCCGAACCCGGUGCUGCAGAUGAUGGUCCUCAGGUAUACGGCGCGACAAGCCUGCUUCACGACCAGUCGUCGGACACCCCUCUGGCAAAUCAGAAAAUCCGAGGCGUCGACACAGGGCUUUUGUCGGACGAGACUAUUAAAGAUAAGCUAAUUUCAAAUGCAGCUAUACGCCGACAGGAAGAGCUGUCCCUAUCAUCCACACCGAGCAUUGCAGCAAAUAUAGACUUCGAUGGCGUCCCUAUGGAUUUGGCAAUGCACCUGCUUGACCUGCACUGGAACCGCCAGCAUCUGUCGUAUCUGCUUACUUAUCGGCCAGCAAUUACGGACAGUCUGAUACGAAAUGGUCCUUAUGUUAAUAAGCUGCUCAUGAAUGCCAUAUUCCUGCAGAGUAGCAUGUAUAGCGACAGAGUAUCGCCUUUCUUUGGCGAUCAACAGUCGAAUGCCAAAGGACUGAUUUUCUACGACCGUUUCAAAGCAUUGCUGCCGGAUUACAUUGACAAGCCGACCAUUCCAACCGUGGUGGCUUUGCUGACAGCGGCAGCAUGCCUUAUUCCAUAUGGCUACCAAAGCGCCGGGUGGGCACUGUCUGGAAUAGGGUACCAGAUGGUAACUGACCUUGGGUGUCACCUGGCGAGCCCUGCCUCCUCAAACGCAGCGGCAAUCGAGCAGGAGAUGAAAAAGAGGGUUUAUUGGGCUGCAUUCGUUGGUGAUAAACUGCAGGCUCUGUUCCUUGGUCGUCCCAUCGCGAUGCACGUCUCUACGGGAAAUGUAACGCAGGUCUAUCUCGACACCUUUGAGGAAAUGGAAGAGUGGACGCCAUACAUUGACCCUGUCGCAAAUGUUGAUACUCCGAUUCCGUCGUAUCGUGGUCGACCAUCUCGUGCCAUCAGCACAUUCCAAGCUUUUGUUCAACUCUGCGAAAUAGCAGGCCAUAUCAUUGAGUCCUUCUAUUCAGUCCGAAGUCGAGAAAAGCACGAGUCCACACUUCUACAGAUCAAACAAGAUGUGACAAUGCAGCUGGCUACCUGGAGGGAUAAACUUCCUUCCUGGCUACGAUUCGAUCCCAGUGUCGACAGCACACCUCCACCGCACCAGAUCACCCCGCAUGCCCUCUACUGGACCCUGGUGAUUCUGACUGAGCAGGCAUUCCUCAGUCGUGGUUGCUUUGGCUUCACUUUAAGCCCAGAUUUAGCGGAAGCUUGUCGACAACGAUGCAUACAGGCGGCGCUCAGCAUCUGGAAACUAGUUGAGGCAUACAAACAGGCAUUCACACUCAGGCGGGCUCAAUACCUCAUAUCGUACGCCACCUAUUGUGCGGUUCUGGUUAUGCUUCAACAUACCCAUCAUGACAAUCACGAGUACGUUGGAUGCAUUCGAUUUUUCUGGUCUGCGCUGUGGGAGUACCAGAGGGGAUGCUGCUAUGGAUUGACCCGGCCCCUCAGGCUACUGAGGUCCCUAAUGCGACGCCUUGAAAGCGUGGCAGACUACAUUGAAACAGAGGAGCCGGUGGGCAACUGGUCUGCCCCAGCCGAACCUGGCCAACCAUCUUUAAAUCCUGAAGUUAAUCUGGGGUUCGAGAUCGAACCCUGGGAUGUUUCUUUGUUAAGUGGCAUCCCCGACGACCUGUUUGCCGACGACACGAUAUUUGGAAUCUUUGGUGGAUAG